AUUCCUUUAAUGUUCCCUCAAGGAAUAUUACAUUUAACUAUUGGACUGAAAAGCAAUUGGCAGUUGAUGACUGGGGAGGAAUGCAAGUCAAGAAACUGUGACAAAGCAGUUCGGUUCCAUUGGUGGCUCAUUAAUGAUACAGAGAAAAAUGAAGGGAACUCCUAUGCUGUUACUCACUAGUGGGAAUCCUAUUCUCAUCCUGAGCAGCAUCAGGGACAGUGGGGCAAAGCCCAGAAAAUAUAGAUAGAUAUUGGCAUUAUAUAAUGGCUUGAAUUUUGAUUUCUAUGUCUCUCCAAUCAGCGUUCCAAAAUACAGUUACCUAAAUAGCAGGCGCAUCUGCCACUGAAGUGAAUGGAGGGCAACUUUGAGAGUUUUGACCCCCCCCCUCCUCUCUGGCAAAAGCCUGCCCUGUAUUCCUUUAUGAUAUGUAGCAGCCUCAAUCUCCCAGACUCAUUCACAGCACUGAAUCCCAUUGCAUGUAUUUAUAUGGUUUAUAGGUGCCAUGAAUCUGUUCACACUGGCUCAGAUAUGACUGCUUUUUCUGCCAGGGUGGGGACUGAUUCUUCGUCUGUGUUUUCCGCAGGCUGAGAAUUAACCCCAUGUGUUACCAGCCUUGGCCAAAGGCGGUAGCAGCGCUGGGAAGGGUACAGGUGCCACUGUGCAGGGGGCUAACAGUUACAAAUGGAGGGGUUUGUUGCCCUUUAGGAUACAGCGUCCAAGCCAUGCUGUUGGAUUGAUAAAUACCUUGGUUGCUAUCCAGUAGCCACAGUAUGUUUUCAUGGUUACACACUGCCACCAGGUGGAUAUCUGAACAAUUACUCCCAAACCCUUGCCCUACUGCAGGAAUAUGUAUGGAUAAACCUUAAUCCCAUAUGGAAUUCCUGCUGUCAAGUGUGAAUCAGCAGAAGCCUUUUCUUAUAGGAAGAACCAGUUACUGUGGGAGGAGCUUAAGUGUUUGCGUAAAGGACUUUUGUUACCUAAAUGAUUAUAUUUGCCUCCCUUUGGUGCCAUAAAGAGCAAGUAGGAGGAUUUCUGCCUAUUGACCCCAAUUUAGUGUAAAUAAUUUAUUAUAUAGCAGCCUAACCUACAUAAAUGGGAGGUCAACCUGUUCCAAAGGGCAAGUAACUAGUCACUGAGCUGUCGGUUCCACGGUGCAACAGAGAACAGGUGGAUCUGCAAGGGAACACAAACAGGGUACCAUGUCCGGUGUCUCCAUCCGACUGUACAAGGACUCAGACUAUGGGGUGACCAGGGAGAUGUUUGCCCGGGGGAUUACGGAGCACACCAAUAAGGCGUUCAGGCACACCCUCGGCAUCCCCCAUAUUUGGCUCUUUUUGUUUCUCACAUUCCUGGCUCCAUUCAUUGUUAUCGGGUCCCUCUUUGUCUCCUCCUUGGCCAUUACCUUGGCAUUACUUAUCCUCUGGUUACUCAACAGGUACAUGUUCACUACCUAUGUCCAACACUGUCUGCAGGAUGACCUGUUGGACAUCAAGAAAUAUUACCUGAAGCGGGACGGUUACUGCUUUUGGGUGGCAGAAUCCUAUGGGGCAGUUGUUGGCAUAGUGGCAGCUACCCCAUCGCACCGCCCCGGCGGAGAGAGUCACAUGGAACUCAAGCGGAUGUCGGUGGCCAAGAGCCACAGGGGCAAAGGGGUGGCCAAAGCCUUGUGCAGGACUGUGAUAGACUUUGCCCAGGCGCGAGGUUGCAAAGCGGUUGUCCUGGAAACCUCGAGGGCCCAGACAGAUGCACAGCGCCUGUACGAGAGAAUUGGCUUCCGCGUGAGAAAGUCCUUUUAUGCUCCAAUGCCCCCAGCAAAGUUCCUCGACUUCUGGAUCUUGUUCUACCAAUACAACAUCCCCACAGCCAGAUGAUGUUCUACCCUCCCCUACAAUAAAGCUCUGUGUUUUGUUAUUCACUUAUCUGUCAGACAACCCUACAAUCCGCUCUGCAGCAUGUUUACUUACAACUCUGAUUCUUUCUACUUCCUGUUUCUGGGCUGCUCUCUUUCCCAUGGCCAAGUAAAGGGACAGCUUUUGGACCUGGCCUUAUAUGAAGCAAUAGCUUUCUUUAGGUCAAUGCAUAAACCCAUUAGAGAUCAGAGUGGCAAAACUCAUUCUCCUUAGCAUUCGUAACCUGGGGGAGAGAGCUGCCCAGAAGAACAAAGAAGAAAGAAUGAGAUCUCUUUAUUGUGGUAAGUACCAGUGUGGAGGCUGGAUUUACUACUAGGAGUGAGCUUCAUAAUAGUUCCUAAUGGGCUACUGCUAACAGGAUGGCAUCUCCACUACAAACAGACAAAGUGGGAACAAUUAGUAAUUUCAUCUUCAGCACAUUAUUUAGUCAAUGGCAUGGGGUGCAGUAACAGCAAGCACAUUCUACACAGUGGGAGGCUCUGAGUACAGGCACCCAAGCACACUAUAUACAGUAAGAGACAGUGCGUUCUGGCACCCCCAAGUACAUUAUAUACAAUGAGAGGCAGUGGGUAUUGGCAUCCCAAGUACAUUAUAUACAGUGAAAGACAGUGGGUACUGGCACCCCAAGCACAUUAUAUACAGUGCAAGCCAGGGGGAACAUGUACCCCAAGCACAUUAAAUACAGUGAGAGGCCAGGGGUACUGGCACCCCAAGCCCAUUAUAUACAGUGAGAAGCAACGGGUACUGGCACCCCAAGCAUAUUCUAUAUAGUGAGAGGCCAUGGGUACUGGCACCCCAAGCCCAUUAUAUAUAUAGUGAGAGGCCAUGGGUACUGGUACCCCAAGCCCAUUAUAUAUAUAUAGUGAGAGGCCAUUGGUACUGGCACC